AUGUCGUAUCCCAACCCCCCCGAGGGGCCAAACCCUUCGAGUUACUCGCAGGCUUCCUCGACGGACCCCUUCAACCAGCCGCCGCUGAGCUACGAAGGUGCCCCGCCCGGAGGCCCCCCUCCUCCUGGUGGACCCGGCGGCCCCCAGUACCAGCAGUACUAUGACAACGAGUCUGAUAUUGGUGCCCGCUACGAGGGUGGCGGUAUGGGCCGUGAGACUUGGGCCAGCGAGAGCGCCUGGAGUGGCAAUGACCACAACCCUGGCUAUGCAGGAUCCGAAGCAUCCCACCAGCAGCAAGGCUAUCCAUCGCGCUCAUCGACCCCAACCUACACUGAGGGCAGCAGGGAGGGACACCGUCCCCGCGAGCCAUACCCAGCAUGGACCCAGGAGGCCAACAUUCCUCUCUCCAAGGAGGAGAUUGAGGACGUCCUCAUCGACUUGGCCAACAAGUUUGGUUUCCAAAAGGACUCGUGCCGUAACAUUUACGACUUUUUGAUGAUCCAGCUGGACUCGCGUUCGUCGCGCAUGACGCCCAACCAGGCGCUUCUCACUCUCCACGCCGACUACAUUGGCGGCGAGCAUGCCAACUACCGUAAAUGGUACUUUGCUGCCCAGCUCGACCUCGACGAUGCCGUCGGUCAGGUCAACAACCCUGGUCUCACCCGAGUGCGCUCGGUGGCCCGCAAGGGCAAGAAGGGCGCCAAGACCCCCGGUGGCACUUCGACCGCCCAGGAAAAGUCGCUCGACUCUGCCACGAACCGCUGGCGUACCGCCAUGAACAACAUGAGCCAGUAUGACCGUCUCCGCCAGGUCGCCCUCUUCCUGCUGUGUUGGGGUGAAGCCGCCCAGGUCCGUUUCAUUCCCGAGUGCUUGUGUUUCAUCUUCAAGUGCGCCGACGACUACUACCGCUCGCCCGAGUGCCAGAACCGCAUGGAGGCCGUCCCCGAGGGUCUCUACCUCCGUGGUGUGGUCAAGCCCCUCUACAACUUCCUCCGUGACCAGGGUUACGAGGUCGUCGACGGCAAGUUCCUGCGUCGCGAGCGUGACCACGACCAGAUUAUCGGUUACGACGAUGUCAACCAGCUCUUCUGGUACCCCGAGGGUAUUGCCCGCAUCGUCCUCGCCGACAAGACCCGUCUUGUCGACCUCGCUCCUGCCCAGCGUUUCAUGAAGUUUGACCGCAUCGACUGGAACCGUGUCUUCUUCAAGACCUACCUUGAGAAGCGCUCCUUCUUCCACCUCCUCGUCAACUUUAACCGUAUCUGGGUCUGCCACAUUUCGGUCUUUUGGUACUACACGGCUUACAACUCUCCUGCCAUCUAUGCGGUUUCCGGCACGACAAAGGCAACAACGCCCAUGGCGUGGUCCAUGACCGCCCUUGGCGGUGCCGUCUCGACUAUUAUCAUGAUCAUGGCCACUCUUGCCGAGUUUAGCUACAUCCCCACUACCUGGAACAACACUUCGCACCUCCUGCGUCGACUGCUCUUCCUCGGCGUCAUCCUGUUCUGUACCGUCGCCCCAUCAAUCUACAUUGCCUUCUUCAACCAGACUGGCAACAUCUCGCUCAUCCUCGGCAUUGUCCAGUUUGCAAUUGCAGUCUGCGCGACAUUGCUGUUCGGUAUUGUCCCCUCGGGCCGCAUGUUUGGUGACCGUGUCGCCGGCAAGAGCCGCAAGUACCUCGCCAACCAGACGUUCACUGCCUCGUACCCUGGUCUCUCGCGCGGUGGCCGUGGCGCGUCGGUUCUGCUCUGGGUCCUCAUUUUCGGGUGCAAGUUUGCCGAGUCCUACUUCUUCCUCACGCUGUCGUUCAAGGACCCCAUCGCGGUCAUGACCGGCAUGAAGAUUCAGAACUGUUCGGACAAGUACUUUGGCCACAGCCUCUGUGUUCACCAGGCAACCUUUGCCUUUGCCGUCAUGUUCCUCAUGGACCUCACCCUGUUCUUCCUCGACACUUUCCUGUGGUACGUCAUCUGGAACACCAUCUUCUCGAUUGCCCGCUCGUUUGCCAUUGGCAUGAGCAUCUGGACCCCCUGGAAGGACAUCUUCUCGCGUCUCCCCAAGCGUGUCUACGCCAAGAUUCUCGCCACGGCAGAGAUGGAGGUGAAAUACAAGCCAAAGGUUCUGGUCUCGCAGGUGUGGAACGCCAUCAUCAUCUCAAUGUACCGUGAGCACCUGCUCUCGAUCGACCACGUCCAGCGUCUCCUCUACCACCAGGUCGCCUCGGACCACCCGGGCAAGCGUACCCUGCGCGCCCCGGCCUUCUUCAUCUCGCAAGGUGACAAGAAGUCCAAGGUCGAGUUCUUCCCCAAGGGUUCCGAGGCUGAGCGCCGUAUCUCGUUCUUUGCCCAGUCCCUCACCACCACCCUCCCCGAGCCCGUCCCCGUCGAGGCCAUGCCCACUUUCACCGUCCUUGUCCCCCACUACUCGGAGAAGAUUCUGCUCUCGCUUCGUGAGAUUAUUCGCGAGGAGGACCAGAACACCCGUGUCACCCUUCUCGAGUAUCUCAAGCAGCUCCACCCUGUCGAGUGGGACAACUUUGUCAAGGACACCAAGAUCCUCGCCGAGGAGUCGCAGGUCUUCAACCCUACCAACCCCUUUGCGGGCGACGAAAAGGAGGAGAGCAAGCGCGCCGACGACAUUCCGUUCUACACUGUUGGUUUCAAGUCGGCCGCUCCCGAGUACACGCUUCGUACGCGUAUUUGGGCCUCGCUCCGUGCCCAGACCCUCUACCGUACCGUCUCUGGUUUCAUGAACUACUCCAAGGCCAUCAAGCUCCUCUACCGUGUCGAGAACCCCGAGGUCGUCCAGCUCUUUGGCGGUAACACCGACCAGCUCGAGCGUGAGCUCGAGCGCAUGGCCCGCCGCAAGUUCAAGUUUGUCGUCUCGAUGCAGCGCUACUCCAAGUUCAACAAGGAGGAGCACGAGAACGCCGAGUUCCUCCUCCGUGCCUACCCGGACCUCCAGAUUGCCUACCUCGACGAGGAGCCUCCCCGCAAGGAAGGUGGCGAGAACCGCAUCUUCUCGGCCCUUAUUGAUGGUCACUCGGAGAUCCUGCCCAGCGGCCGUCGUCGCCCCAAGUUCCGCAUCGAGCUGCCCGGUAACCCCAUUCUCGGUGACGGCAAGUCGGACAACCAGAACCACGCCAUCAUCUUCUACCGUGGAGAGUACCUCCAGCUCAUCGACGCCAACCAGGACAACUACCUCGAGGAGUGCCUCAAGAUCCGCAACGUCCUCGGCGAGUUUGAAGAGUUCCAGAUCUCGUCCCAGUCGCCCUACGCUGCCAACGGCCACAAGGACUUUAAGAGGUACCCCGUCGCCAUUGUCGGUGCGCGCGAGUACAUUUUCUCAGAGAACAUUGGUAUCCUCGGUGACAUUGCCGCCGGCAAGGAGCAGACGUUCGGUACCCUCGCUGCCCGUUCGCUUUCGUUUAUUGGUGGAAAGCUCCACUACGGUCACCCCGAUUUCCUCAACGCCAUCUACAUGAACACUCGCGGCGGUGUCUCAAAGGCCCAGAAGGGUCUCCACCUCAACGAAGACAUUUAUGCGGGUAUGAACGCGUUUGGCCGUGGCGGUCGCAUCAAGCACUCGGAGUACUACCAGUGCGGCAAGGGCCGUGACCUGGGUUUCGGCACCAUUCUCAACUUCCAGACCAAGAUUGGUACCGGUAUGGGCGAGCAGAUGCUGUCGCGCGAGUACUACUACCUCGGCACCCAGCUCCCCAUGGACCGCUUCCUGACGUUCUACUAUGGCCACCCGGGUUUCCACAUCAACAACAUUCUUGUCAUGAUGUCGGUCCAGGUGUUCAUGAUCACCCUCGUCUUCCUCGGUACCCUCAACUCGUCGAUCAAGGUCUGCCAGUACAACUCUGCCGGCACCAUUUUGUCGGGCCAGAACGGUUGCUACAACCUCCAGCCCGUCUUCAAGUGGAUCAAGCGCUGUAUCAUUUCGAUCUUUAUCGUGUUCUGGAUCGCCUUUGUGCCCCUCUUCGUCCAGGAGCUCACUGAGCGUGGUACCGGCCGUGCCAUUAUCCGUCUCGCCAAGCACUUCAUGUCGCUCUCACCCGUGUUCGAAGUGUUCUCGACGCAAAUCUACAUGCACUCGAUCCUCAACAACUUGACGUUUGGCGGUGCCCGUUACAUUGCCACCGGUCGUGGUUUCGCCACCACGCGUAUCUCGUUUAGCAUCCUGUACUCGCGUUUCGCCGGUCCUUCCAUCUACGUCGGUAUCCGCACGCUCGUCCUCUUGCUCUACAUUACCCUGGCCGUUUGGAUCCCCCACCUCAUCUACUUCUGGAUCACGGUCCUUGGUCUUUGCAUUGCGCCCUUCCUCUUCAACCCCCACCAGUUCUCGUUCAGCGACUUUAUCAUCGACUACCGCGAGUUCCUCCGCUGGAUGUCGCGUGGUAACUCGCGCACCCACGCCAACUCGUGGGUCGGAUACUGCCGUCUCUCGCGUACCCGCAUCACUGGUUUCAAGCGCAAGCGUCUUGGUCUCCCCUCGGAGAAGCUCUCGAGCGACGUGCCCCGUGCCCCCUGGCGUGCGAUCCUGGUCGGUGAGAUCAUUGGCCCCAUCUGCCUCGCCAUCAUCAUGGUCAUCUGUUACCUCUUCCAAAAGUCGUUUGCCGACGAGGGCGUCACCGUCCCCGCCCUCCUCCGUAUCGCCGUCAUUGCCCUUGGCCCCAUUGUCUGGAACAUGGCGCUCCUGCUCGUCCUCUUCCUGCUCUCGCUCUUCCUCGGUCCCUGCCUCAACUCGUGCACCAACCAGUUUGGUGCCACCAUGGCCGCCAUUGCCCACUUUGGUGGUGUCGUCGGCAUGGUCGCCUUCUUCGAGUUCCUCUGGUACCUUGAGCGCUGGAACGCCACCCCGACCGUCAUGGGUAUCAUUGCUGUCAUUGCCGUCCAGCGUGCCAUCUUCAAGAUCCUCAUCGCCGUCUUCCUGUCGCGUGAAUUCAAGCACGACGAGACCAACCGCGCCUGGUGGACGGGUGUGUGGUUCAACCGCGGUCUCGGCUCGCACGUCCUCUCGCAGCCCGCGCGUGAAUUCAUCGUCAAGACCAUCGAGAUGGGUCUGUACGCCGCCGACUUCCUCGCGUGCCACAUCCUCCUCUUCAUCCUCUCCUUCCCCAUGCUCAUCCCCUUCUUUGACCGUCUGCACGCCACCAUGCUCUUCUGGCUCUCGCCCAGCCAGCAGAUCCGCCCCCCCAUCUACUCGCUUCGUCAGCGCAAGCAGCGCAGGGCCAUUGUCGCAAAGUACUCGAUCGUCUACGUCCUGGUCCAGGCCAUCCUCAUCGCCCUGAUUGUCGUCCCCAUCAUCUUCAAGGUCGUGCUCGGCUGGGCCCCCGCCACCCCGCCGUUCAACGGUAGCAUCUAA